ACUAAAGCGGGCGCACGCUUUCCUGCACGUUAUUCGCCGUCUGUCCUGCCGGUCGGUCACCCACACAAGUCCGCACGAACCGCGUGUCGCUUAACCAAAGACGUCUCACGAGGUUCAAGAGUGGUUAGUUUCAAGUAGCAAGUGUGCCGGUGCGUACUAACACACAUACAAACGUGAACUGUGAUUAGUUUUUUAAUUAGUUUAUAAAUUUCACAACUUUUUGUUAUAUAUUUUGUUGUUUUCUCAACGUUUCCUGGACUAAGUGGUGUUCCAAUACACGAGGAGGGACUAAAUUAUAAUCAACAUAAUUGAUUUCAGCCUACUUCUCUAGCCGAAUCAUAAGAGAGGGCAUAUCAUAGACUUGACCGCAGUGAUUGGAGUGUGCAAGCAAGUUGAGAAUUCAUCUCGUGGUGAUUCAAACAUAACAGCGCCAUGUUAGGAGCGCUGAUAACACUGGCGGUUGCGUUGGCCUCGACAGUGAGCGCCCUUCCCGCGGGGCGGAGGAUAUCGUCGGGGACAGACGCCGGCACAGAGACCGAGGAUGUCGUCGCUAGUGGAAGUGGUGCACGGCGGGGGGCCAAGGCACUCCAGUUCUACGUGGAGGCACCGCAGCAGGGAGCUUUCCUUCUUGACCUGGAUGACGAGCUCGAGGCUGCACUGGCUGCUUCAAGAUAUCAGAUGGAGCUAGCAGACAGUGACGACAACGAGAUCGCAUCCAGGGCCCGUCCAGGUCGCCCCCCCAAACCCGACUCGCCCAUCUACUACGUCCGACUUCCCCCCUCACCCUACAUGUUUGUGCCUGGCGUCGGCUACGUCUCUCAACCCCCCUCACUCCGACCACCACCAGUCCGUACACCCCCCGACUCCCCCUUCGUCGAUCUGCCCCUCCAGUUCGUCUCCAACGCCAAGCCUACCGGGGUCUACUCCUGGUCUGCCCCUGCUCAUGUGCCCCAAAGACCUGCCGUGCCCCAGAGACCUGCCGUGCCCCAGCCCCCCCGAAGGCAGUCACCUAUCACCACCCUCGACAAGGGGCCCUACUUGUUCAACGGACGGCCCACAGAUAUAUUCCUGCUGAGAAGUGCCUACGACAGUCUCUAUGCCGAUGCACUACAGAAUUUCUAUCCUUAACAGGAGAUCUACCAUAGCUACAAUCUUAGAAUUUUAGAUACCUUGAAUCAUGAACUUUUGUAUUAAUUUUUAAUUAAAUCACAAUGAAAUAUAUCAAGUAGGUAGCUUACUUCUAAUCAAGUAGGUAACGUUUAUUUUAUCUUACCUACUCUUUUGUUUGAUCAGAACACUACUAUAUUCAACAGGCUACUUGAUAUAUUCUAUUGUGUUUCAAUAGAUAGUAGCCCUACUACUAUCUUUUCUAUUCUGAUGUUCUAUUCAGUAGCCCUGAAAAUAAGAGUGAGUUAUGUUAAUUAGUAUGACAUUUUUGUUGGUGGGGAGUCCCUUGCGGGAAGGUCCCACCGAACUAAAAUAAAUAACAACUUUUGUAUAAAUACUGUGGUUACUGAGAAUUCAUCUUCAGCAACGAGUGAUAGAAAAGACACUUUGUAUGUUAACACACUGGAGAAUUUCUAUUCCAAACAGAAGAUCCAACGUGUACAAAAAGUACGAAAAAUAAAAACAAUUUUUUUAAAGGUACUGAAAACUCUUGUGUUUUCUGAAUACAAUGAUUUUAUACUGUUAAAGGUGAUUUGCUACAUGAUAUUGUCCGAGAGGAUAUUAUGAUACUCUUUUGUAUGUUUCCUUCAAUAUUAUGAUAGAAAAGAGAAUUUGUACUGACCUACAGAAUUACUACUAUCGAAAAGAGAAUUAUUUUUAUUAGCAUAUAAUGAAAAUAGCUAAAAUACUACUAGACAUUAUGAACCUUUUCUAUAAAUCAUGUUAAGUGGAAUAAAAUGAGUUUCAGCAGAGGAUAAUUUUUAGAAGGCAUUUCAUUUUAUUAGUUGGGAUACCCUAGCAGGUGUUGUCACAGUCUUUAUAACCAAGGUUCGUAUAGGGAAUAAUGGUAAUUCUCCUCAUUCAUUACAUUGGUUUGUAUUUUUAGCACAUACUAUUGGACUAUUUCAACCUUUUUCAGUGCUGGUGUUAUUAGAAAUUUAGAUCUAAAUCACUAUGAAUAAUGAAUAUAUUUGUUUUUUUAAUAAUAAUCUGCUGAAUCUAUUGUACAAUUCCCAUAACUAUCGACUUUGAAACAAAUUUAUUCUUACGUUUUCAUAGAUUUUGAUCAUCUUAUCUUAUCUCAUAUUGGGAAGGCUAAUGUCGGUUUUGAGAAGUACUGUAGAAGUAUUUGACCAAAUUUGAUCACGAUAUUUCCUUUCCCAAUAAAAUCAAUUAUUGGGAAGAUAUUUUGUUAGUACACUAUUGGCAUUUCUUAAACUGAUUUGUUUGUAAAUAUCUAGGGUACGUGCGGGUAUAGAAAAUUAAUCCACAAUAAAAUAUUGUAUUAUUAGAUAUUGUUUAAAUUAUCUGUAUUUCUGUCUCUUCCACAUUGGGCUGUGUUAGAAAUACUGUUCCGUAUUGCAAUAUGGUUGAUGAUUGGGAAAUUUAUUUUUGUUUGUUACAGUACUAAGUAUUUCCAAUAUCACAAUAUUGCUAUGUACAAAAGUUUUUUGACUUGAAUAGUCAAUAUUUUCGGGAAAUGAAGCUCUAUGGAAACUAUUUUGUGAAAGAUGCACGUAUGUUUGAAUAUUGAUACAGUAUAACUAUUGGACAUAAGGUGAUUGUCCAACAUUUCCAUAGUUUAAUAAUUAUUAUUUAUUAUAGGAGAUUUGGCUAUUUUAGAUUAAGAUCUAGUCUUAGUUUAUGUGAUGAUGUUGUGUGUUUUGUCUGUUUUCAGAAACUAAAUUUCGAAAUGUUUAAUAUUUUUACUUUUAAGUAUUAUUAUUUAUAAUAAUUUAUUACUAGGUUUAAUAAACAGUUAAAAUUU